CCUUUUUUUUUAAGAAGGUUUAACCAGUCUCGCUCUCGCCUCCCCCCUUCCCUUUGAAUCGAAUAGAAAGUUUGGUGAUCGGAGCGAGGAUGGAUGAGGAAUUGCUGGAAUUGCAGAGACAGUUCGAAUUCGCACAGCAAGCGAAAUCGAGCGUUCGAUUAUCGGAGCGAAACGUCGUUGAAUUGGUCCAGAAGCUUCAGGAGCUCCACAUCAUCGAUUUCAAUCUUCUCCACACCGUCUCCGGCAAAGAAUACAUCACCCCUGAUCAACUGAGGCAUGAAAUGGUGGCGGAGAUCAAUAAAUUGGGGCGUGUUUCUUUGAUUGAUAUUGCGGACAGUACAGGGGUUGAUUUGUACCAUAUUGAGAAGCAAGCUCAACAUGUUCUUGCCAAUGAUCCGGGGCUUAUGUUAAUUCAAGGGGAAAUAAUAUCAGAAUCCUAUUGGGACUCUGUAGCUGAAGAAAUCAACGAGAGGCUUCAAGAAUGUAGCCAAAUUGCUUUGGCAGAGCUCGCCGCACAACUACAUGUUGGUUCGGAGUUGGUCACCUCUGUGUUGGAGCCCCGCCUCGGGACUAUGGUGAAAGGUAGGCUUGAAGGUGGGCAACUGUAUACCCCUGCAUAUGUUGCUCGUGUUAGCGCCAUGGUUCGUGGUUCUGCGAGGGGUAUUACAGUCCCAACAAAUUUAUCGGUGUUGUGGAGUUCAUUACAGCACCUACUGCAUGAAAUGGAUGGAGCCAGUGGUGUGGCCAUUGAAGUUUCAUUUUUCCAAUCCCUAUUUAAUGGGCUUCUGAAGGAAGGCAAGGUUUUGGGAUCACUACGUGCAGGAGUUCAUUGGACGCCAAAUGUCUUUGCCAUUGCUCAAAAGGCAUGUGUAGAUUCUUUCUUUUCACAGAAUUCUUUUAUCAGCUAUGAAACUCUGCAGAAACUUGGAAUUUCUCAGCCUGUUCAGUUCUUGCAGUCCAGAUAUCCUGACGGUAUACCUUUAGUCACCGCCUUUGUUCACCCCUCAAUGAUUGAGAUGUUGGAUGCUGCUAUUGAGGAUGCUCUUGAACGCAGUAGUUGGAUUGAUUCUCUUUCUGUAUUAUCUGCAUCCUUUGGACCCCAGGACGCUUAUAAAAUUUUGUCCCUCUGUCCAUCUAUUCAACUGGCUCUCAAGUCUAAUAAAGUACUCAUUUUUGGGGAGUCCUAUGUAUUUAGCAAUGGCUUUAUCAAGGAUGUGUAUAGUCGAAUGGAGAAAGAGGUGGAAUCCUUCAGUGUUUCAGGGUCUUCUGGUGUUAUGCUGUCUGAUGAGUCACACUUGGUCAAUGUAGCUAAAUUUGGACAUGAUUCAAGCAGGUUAACUGAGUCAAAUGAUGCUGGCAGUGAGACUGCUAGUAACAAACAGGCUAUUGAGAAAGGACCAAAAAAGAAAAAGGGGAAGUCUGCUGGGAAUGUAAUAUCAGGGGCAGCUGAAAGUGGUUCCGAUAACCAGGAGCAGGUCCCUACAAAAUCCAAGAAAAACCAGAGGAAAGGCAAGGAUACGUCUUCCUUACUAGUGUCAGAUUCAAAAAUAGGUGCUAAGAAAGAAUCAGUUAAAACAAAAGAGGACAAUCCCAGCAUUCCUUCAGUUGAAUGGCUAAUGCAGAAGAUUAUGACACUGGUUCCUGAUUUUGAAGAACAAGGUAUAGAUGAUACCCAAACAGUUCUUAGACCUUUAGCAAACCAUUUGAGACCUAUGUUAAUCAAUUCUUGGAAGGAAAGAAGGAAGGCAUUAUUUACAGAAAACGCGGAAAGAAUGAAACGCUUACUUGAUAAUUUACAAAGGAAACUCGAUGAGUCUUUCUUAAACAUGCAGCUGUAUGAAAAAGCUCUAGAUUUGUUUGAAGAUGAUCAAUCAACUUCAGUUAUUUUGCACCGGCAUUUGUUAAGAACAGUAGCUGCUCCCAUUGUGGAUACGCUCCUACAUAACUUGGACAUCCACAACAAAUUGAGGAAUGGGAUUGAAGUUGAGGAAGCUCAAAAUUCAGAAUCUGUUUCACUUAGUCCUGGAGAAAGAACCGCUAUUGCGAAGAGUUUUCCAGGAUCACUGUUGAAUAAGGCUCUUGCAGUGGUUGAUGCUUUAGAAGGAAAGCGGGUAGAAACUUUCAUGGAUGCAUUUAGAGCUCUAUCAGAAGAGAGUGGGUUACUCUUGAAAAAGCUUGACAAGAAAUUGGAAAGAACACUUCUGCAUUCAUAUCGCAAGGAUUUAACAUCUCAAGUUUCUGCUGAAAUUGACCCAGUUUCUCUUCUGGCAAAAGUCGUCUCCUUGCUAUAUAUACAGGUUCACCAUAAAGCUCUUCAAGCCCCUGGAAGGGCCAUUUCUGUUGCUGUUUCUCGACUGAAGGAUAAACUAGAUGAUUCGGCAUGCAAGAUCUUAGCAGAUUACCAAACUGCAACAGUGACACUUUUAGCAUUAAUGUCUGCUGCAACUGGCGAUGAAGAAGACUGUUCAUCUGACAGAAUUUUGACUAAAAGGGAGCUUUUGGAGAGCCAAAUGCCAGCAUUGAAAGGCCUGGUUUUGAGUGCUUCACAAACUUGACUCUGCGUGAAGUCAAAUUUCAAAAGGCCAAAGUGAAUCUUCGAAAGAAAUAGUCAACUGAUUAUAGAAAUGUUAAUUUAGUUAAAUUUUUUUGUUUUGA